AUGUCUCUGCUUCUAAGCCGGCUCUCGAAACCUGCGUUGGUGAGCAGGAGAGCAUAUCUUUCUCUUGGUCUUCUCUCUAAUUUCUUCUCAUCUUCAUCGGUGCAAAAGCAGACACCUCCUUGUAACAUCCUCGCCGCUCAUCCUAGCAAGGGAAAGCUCUACAUUUUCAAUGCUCCCGACGAUGACUGCACUACUCUUGACAAGAAGGUGCCUUCGGAGGUGGUGAAUUGUGAUCCCAUGGUAAAGAUCGGUGCUUCUCAUGGCUGGGUGGCUCAUUUAAUGGACGAUGGCAUAUGGCGUCUCCAAGACGAUGUAAACCCUUAUGCAUCGUCUACACACCCGAAACGCAUCCCUCUGCCUCUUCUUGUGACUCUGCCUCAUUGCCAAACUCAAAUCGUCACCAACGUGGCCAUGUCCUCAUCUUCUCCAGAGGAUCAAGACUGUGUCGUGGCUGUCAAGUUCUUGGGACCUCAGCUCAGCUUUUGCAGACCUGCCGCUCAAAGCAACCCCGAGUGGACCAACGUCAGAAUCCAAAACCCAUGCUUCUCUUCCUCCCGAGUCAUGUUUUCCAAGAAAGACAACAUGUUUCGCAUUCCCAGUUCCGGAGGCCACCUCAUCGGAUCGUGGGAUCUCAAUCUCGAUCAUCCCAAUCCCAACUUCCAGACGCUGCGGUUUCGAGACCUUCCCAAGCUGACCAAUACCAAACGGGAGCUUAUGCAUUCUUGCAGCACGAGCAACCACUUGGUGGAGUCAGAAUCCACAUUCCACAGGCGAAACUUUCUUGGUUAG